UUAUUUGCGCGCAGAUCAAAUGGGAAGCUUUUCCGAAUUUAAUAUCCGAAAACCAAUGACGAUAAAGCCGAACAUCUAAACUGUUCUUAAACAUUUUUAAAAUUAUUUUUAUAUUCUAAUUGUGACAUAAGUAAAUUUUUUACUAUCCUUUCUUUUUUUGUCUUGCUAGAAAUGGAUAAAACAAUCUGUAUUAACCGACUUUACGCAUGGGUCUUGCAUAAUGAUAUGAAGGCUCACAAUGUAAGCGAAAAAGACGUUGUCAAAGGUAUUGAGAACAUGAAAAAAGCUUAUUUCCAUAAAAAUUCAAACUUAUCAUCGGAUUAUGUUGAAGCAGCCGAUUUCAAAUCUCCAGCUUAUCGUUGUGCGUAUUUACACAAAUACGCUCCGAUCCACACGAUACUCGUUUCGGAUGUCACAGAACGCGUUAUUGAUCUCCAAUUCAAUUACUUUUACGAUGUGAUUGUUAAUUCUGGUCGUGUUAAUGUUUGUAGUUUAGGUGGGGGACCUGGAAGUGAUAUUGUUGGAAUCGUGCUAUCAUUACAUAAUGCCUUUGGUCCAUUCCAAGUUUAUACCAAUGUGAUUGACUGCAUGCCUCAUUGGAAUAGUACUCUUAAUUCUUUGAUUCGGGAAACACAACAAGGCUCGUAUGGUAUCCUUAAAACAUGUUUCAGUGGGCAGUACUUUAAUUGGAAUUAUAUUGGUGCUAAUUUGUUGGAUGAAUUUUCUGAAAAAGUGAUACAAGCAAUCUCCUCUGCUGAUAUUCUCAACAUGGUUAAAUUCGUUUCAGCUGCUGUUUGUGCUGACACACCUUCAAUGAUAAAAAGGAUAUUCAGUUCAAUGAAACCUGGUGCCAUGGUGUUUUUCCUUGAUAAUUCUGUUGGCGAUGUUAAAUAUUUAUUGACAAAAAUAGCUGAGGAGUGCGAGCUGGAGCCUUUGUAUGGUCCAAUAGGCCAUGAACGAUAUAUAAACAAGUUAGUUCAGACAAAUAGAUUUGGAUAUUCCAGUUGUUAUAAAACUAAUAUAGCAAUUCAAGUGUGGAUAAAACCACACAGACCUGUACAAGAUUGGUAUGGUAGCCCAAUUCAGGCCUGGACACCAUUUGAAAGAACCAAACAAGGUUCCUGGCAAAAUCAAGAGUCUUUUUUGAACCAAAGUGAUAGUACUCCAUUGAAUAAUAAAAUAAGAAGUGCAAUAGGGAAUCCUGUCCAGACUUCAGAAGUUCCUUUCCGUGAUAUAUCAAAAUCGCUGAAAUUCGAUGAUACAGACUUUAAUGCUUCUGAUUAUGAGCCAGAAAAUUCAUUCUGUUCCGAUGAAAUCCAUUCCAAUGUUUUCCCAAAUGCCAGUCCAGUUCAUUCAGGAAACUUCAGAGAAAGGCUGAUAUCGACUCCCAAUUUUGCAAACUCUCAUCUGUCAACGCCUACAUAUGCAAAUAACCCUCCAUUAAGUCACAACUUUGACAAUUCUUAUAAGAGUCCCAUUCCUUUCAGAAAUCAAAAAUUUAACAACUCUCAGACGAGUCCCAUUCCUUUUAGGAAUCGUAAUUGUCCUAAUUUUGAAGUAAAAUGUAAUUUUCAGAAUUCUCAUCGUGCAAAUCGGGUUGUGGAACCAGUUUAUUCUUCUUCAGGUUUGGAUUCAGGAUGUUGGAGUGCAUCUCCUUCAUUUAAUGAAACAGAUCAUUUCAAUAACUUUAGUGAUGUAGACUAUAGAGGAAACAUGUUGCCUGUUAAUGAACACAUGCAAAACAAUUAUUCCAGAACAAACAAUGCUGGACACCCUGGUUCAUCAUUUUGGAAUUGGUAUGAAAACAGGGAGAACAUUUAUCCAUCUUCUAUUGAAAACUUUCAACCUAAGGCACGUACACAUUAUAAUUAUAAUAAUCAAAGGAGAUAUGACCCAUAUAAGAGGAGAUAGAUUUUUAGGUUUUAGGACUUCAUCAUCAUUCGUGUUUUCAUCAUUUGAUCCCACAUUCUUAAUUAUUAACUUAUUGAGAAAAUCAAAUUUUUACAUUCAAUUUUCAAUUCCAAAUUUUAUCAGAUUUAAGAUCAUACAUGGCAUUUCAUUUGUGACUAUUCAAAAAUUUUAGUCAAGAAUUUUAAUUCAGCAAAAAAUUGUUAAUGUAACUUUUGAAAAUUGCUAUUGAAAAAGGCGAGACAAGUUGAAAUGUGAUUGUUAGCCAAAGUUGUAUAACACAACAAACUAGUUAUUAUGUUUUUCAUUCUGUCCCUCACUGAUUCCACAGAAUUUGAUACCGUUUUUAUUUUCCCCUCAUUCAUAUAUUAAUUAACGAAUUCUAAUACAUGUACUUUUCGUCCCGCAGUGGA